AUUUUCAGUCAUUUUCUAUCUUCUUUUCCAUCAGAAAAACCCUAAACCUGCUCGACAUAUCCCGGAAGAUAGCGCGAUUGAGUCGAAUCUAUUCGAAACGAGCGAGAAUCGAUGAAGGCAGAUGCCGAUGGGCCGCCGAACAGAGAGCUCUAUGCUCUUCUCAACAUAUCACCUGAAGCCUCCACGGAAGAAAUCCGGAAAGCUUAUCGUCAAUGGGCACAAGUCUAUCACCCUGAUAAAUAUCAAGCUCCUCAGAUGAAGGAUAUUGCAACUGAGAAUUUUCAGCGGAUAUGUGAAGCAUAUGAGAUUUUGUCUGAUGAAACAAAGCGGCAGAUAUAUGACAUUUAUGGCAUGGAAGGAUUGACCUCUGGUUUGGAACUUGGUCCAAAGCUGAACAAAGCCGAAGAGAUUAAGGAAGAACUCGAGAGACUACGACAUCAGAAGGAACUAGAAAAGGUUGCAGCCCACAUCCGCCCUUCUGGUUCAAUUCUAGCAAAUUUGUCAUUGCCACAGUUUUUACAGGGUAAAGGCAUUAUGAAAGGAAUGGCUAUGGCAAGUGAAGUUCAGUCUCAAAUAUCCAAAAACAAUGCAAUUGGUAUAGGUGGGAAUUUAGCUGUUAAUGGAAACGCAGGUGGUGGUGUGGCUUCUGUUGUUUUUCGUCAUCAGAUGUCUUCUGUUUCUUCCUUAGAGUUAAUGGGUUCUGUUGGUAUGCGGGCAUUGAUAGGGGUACAAGCAUCUCGCAACUUAUCGCUCCACUCUACUGCAACAAUGGGUCUUGCCAUGUCUCUAAGAGAUGGUUCAAUUAAUCUUUCUAACAUUUGGACCCGCCAACUCUCUGAUACAACAAAUGGAAAUAUUCAGCUGUCUUUGGGUACGGAGUCAUCUGUAGCUGUUGGAUGGCAGAAAAAGGAACAAAAAAUGUCGGCUUCCGGAGAGAUCAAGAUUGGCAUGGGGUCCUUUGGGGCAUCGGCUCAUUAUACUCGCCGCUUUUCAUCAAAAUCUCACGGGCGCAUUGCUAGCAGAUUUGGAAGUACUGCACUUGAACUUGAAGUUGGGGGUGGAAGAAAAAUAUCAGAAUUCAGCACUGUUUGUAUGCUGUACACAGUAGGAGUUCAGGGUAUCUUUUGGAAAUUUGAAUUGCACCGUGGAGGCCAAAAAUUGAUAGUUCCUAUAUUGCUUUCCAGGCAUUUGGACCCUUUGUUUGCAACUGGUGCCUUUGUCAUUCCAACAUCGUUUUACUUUAUAUUCAAGAAAUUUGUCCUGAAACCUUAUUAUCUUAAACGGGAAAAGAUGAAGGCAUUAGAGAAUGCUGAACAAACUAUUACCAAGGUUCGAGAGGCAAGGGCUGCAGCUGAGAAAGCUCAACAUAUAUUAGAGAAUGUUGCCAAUAGAAAAAGAAAUAGACAGCUAGAAACAGGUGGUCUAGUUGUGACAAGAGCAGUAUAUGGAAGUCGCAAAGCACUGAGGAAUCGGACUAAAAAUAUGGAAGAAACUGGAGAUGAUGCGGCUUCUCAAAUCUUGGAUGUAACUCUACCCUUAAAUUUUCUGGUGAAUGAUUCUGGACAACUAAAGCUACACGAGGGUGUGAAGAAAUCUGGAAUAAUGGGAUUUUGCGAUCCUUGUCCUGGAGAGCCUAAGCAGUUGUAUGUUGAGUACACAUUUCAAGGCAAUAAAUUUGAGGCGACUGUUGAUGAUUAUGAGGAGUUGAUUAUACCACAUGAAGCACACAGAAUUUGAUUGCCAUCGAAAUAGAUCCUUGCUGUUUCUCCCAGAAGAAGUGAAAGAAAAAGCUGUAGCCAGCAAUGGACUUGUGAAAUUCAAGCUGAACUCAUACAUACCUGAUUGGCGAUUUUUCAUUGCUUUGCAAUGGCAUUUUAGGAUACCUUGGAUUUUUCUGUGUUCAUUGCCGAACAGCAGAACAGUGAAAGGUUUUGGAAAGCUUUUCCCCUUAAGUGGAGAAAAGGGGAUACACCUUGAAGCUUUGCUCUGCAUGUACAAAAACAAAAAACUCGUGAUCUGUAAUUGAAUAUAGAAUAAGUGAUGGAAAUCCAUUACAUAUUUGAUCAUGAAUAACGAUGGACAUUUGUGUUCAA